AUGACAUUGUGGUUGCAUCUGUCCUUUGAUGCUCACCUGAAUCAUCUGCGAAAGACGUUAGGACUCCUUGAAAAUUCAGGCAUGAAACUUAAGGAGGUUAACACCUGUCUGUGUCUUCCAGAUUUUGACCGACCAUUCGAGAUCCACACUGAUGCUAGUGGUCAGGCUCUUGGUGCUGUUCUUCUCAACUGGGAUGCAGAUCGGCCACCACAUGCUGUUGCGUAUUGGUCAAGGAUACUAAGAGAUGCAGAAUCUCGUUAUCCCAUCAUUGACUGGAGGCCCUUGGAUAUACCCCCAGGAGAGCCUACCCGAUCUGUUUAUGAUUGUCCUGCAGAAAACUCCAAUGCUGAGCAUGAGUCCAAUUCUGAUGCUCCACUAUUGGAAAUACCCCCGUCAGUGCAGGAUCAGCAGGUGCAAGAAGAGCAACCACGUCAGAUGCCCAACCUUACAUCUCUAGCCUCUCAUCAGAUUAGAGAAGAACAGCUACAGGAUCCUGUCUGUUCGGAUCUGAUAGCCUGGCUUAAGAGACAUCGUGUUGUUAAACAGAUUUAUGUGUCACGCCAUCUGUAUAAGCAGGCAUUACACAUGGCUCACCAACCUCCAAUGGCAGCUCAUCCAGGAGCUUUGCGCACUUAUCAGUAUUUACGUAAUAACUGGUUCUUCCUGAACAUGCUUCACUUGGCACGAACAUAUGUUGCAGGAUGUGAAACGUGUCAGCUUCACAAAACUCCAGUGGUAAGAGCACCUAUGCAAGGAUCUCAAGCUCCCUUGGAAAUGGUCUCCACUCAGUUCUGCACAAAGGAUUUCAAUAUGUCUUGUCCAUCAUACAUGCUAUAUCCAGUUGGCCCCUCUCAGGGAUAG